AUGGGGGAACCGGUGGGAUGUUGUGAACGGGUGGCCAUCAACGUGGCUGGAAGAAGAUUUGAGACCUUGGGGAGGACCCUCCACCGCUUCCCCGACACCCUCUUGGGUGACCCCCGCCGGCGCCGGCGUUACUUCGACCCUCAACGCCGCGAGUAUUUCUUCGACCGUCACCGCGGAGCCUUCGGCGCCGUCCUCUACUACUACCAAUCCGGUGGGAGACUCCGUCGUCCACCCGAUGUCCCCUUAGAUGUCUUCUUGGAGGAGUUACGGUUCUAUCAGUUGGGUGAUGAAGCUGAAGGAAGACUCCGCGAGGCCGAAGGCUUCACGGUGGAGGUGGCUCCACCGUUACCACGUGGAAGGUUACAACGUCAAGCUUGGUUGUUGUGUGAACAUCCGGAAAGUUCUCCAGCUGCUCGUGUGGUGGCCUUGCUCUCCGUCUUCAUCAUCCUCAUCUCCAUCGUGGUCUUCUGCUUGGAGACCCUGCCUCAGUUUCGGGGAAUGUCCUCAGCAUCCUCUUCCUCACCAUCCUCAUCCUCAACAUCCUUGGUAUCCUCAUCUUCUCCAUCAUCUUCACCAUCCUUGGUAUCCUCAUCUUCUCCAUCAUCUUCACCAUCCUUGGUAACCUCAUCUUCACCAUCAUCUUCACCAUCUUCAUCUUCACCAUCCUUGUCCUCAUCCUCACCAUCCUUGGUAUCCUCAUCUUCUCCAUCUUCUUCACCAUCUUCAUCUCCUUCUUUGUCAUCCUCAUCUCCAUCGGGAGAGCUCCACUCAGGUGAGUCACGGGGAACGUUCUCAGCGUCCUCUUCCUCACCAUCCUCAUCCUCAACAUCCUUGAUAACCUCAUCUUCACCAUCAUCUUCACCAUCUUCAUCUUCACCAUCCUUGGUAUCCUCAUCUUCACCAUCUUCAUCCUCAUGAUCCUCAACCUCAUCAUCCUCAUCAUUAUGAUCAACCUCACCAUCCUCAUCCUCACCAUCCUUGGUAUCCUCAUCUUCACCAUCAUCUUCACCAUCCUCAUCCUCACCAUCCUUGGUAUCCUCAUCUUCUCCAUCAUCUUCACCAUCUUCAUCUCCUUCUUCGUCAUCCUCAUCUCCAUCGUGGUCUUCUUCACAGGGAAUGUCCUCAGCAUCUUCUUCCUCACCAUCAUCAGUGUCUACAGCCUCAGCCUUGUCAUCUUCAUCCUCAUGGUCAACCUCAUCAUCCUCAUCCUCAAUAUCCUUGGUAUCCUCAUCUUCUCCAUCAUCUUCACCAUCAUCUUCACCAUCUUCAUCUUCAUCCUCAUAAUUCUCAACCUCAUCAUCCUCAUCAUUAUGAUCAACCUCAUCAUCUUCAUCCUCACCAUCCUUGGUAUCCUCAUCUUCACCAUCUUCAUCUUCACCAUCUUCAUCUUCACCAUCCUCAUGGUCCUCAGCUUCAUCAUCCUCAGCCUCAUCAUCCUCAUCCUCACCAUCCUCAGUAUCCUCAACUUCAUCAUCCUCAUCUUCUUCAUCCUUGUGAUCCCCAAUGUCAUCAUCUUCAUCCUCAUCCUUAUGGUCCUCAGCUUCAUCAUCCUCAUCCUCAACAUCUUCAUCUUCAUCCUGAUAACCCUCAACCCCAUCACCCUCAUCCUCACCAUCUCCAACCCUGCCCCAGUUCUGCCCCAGCAGGGACCUCCUCCAGAUGAGUCACCCCAACCUUAUCAUCCUCCUGACCAUCAUCAUCAUCCUCCUGACCAUCCUCCUCCUCAUCCUGACCAUCAUCACCAUCCUCCUGACCAUCAUCAUCAUCCUCCUGACCAUCCUCCUACUCAUCAUCCUUCUUCUC